CUGGUACGACACCAGAACGGUGAUAGUGUUGUAUUCUUUCGACCCAUCCCUUCCUAGAGUCUCGGCGCCUGACUUGUGGUGAAUACAACACGAAGAGACACGUUAUUCCUCAAGUGGGUCUCCUAUUUGACACGGACAGUUCAAGAUGACCACGAUGGCUCCAUGUUACAUAAUUGACCCAUCAGACAAAUAUAGACCAGAUCACAAGGGUGAGGAACAGUUCAGAAACUAUGAGGGGGGUGAAUUUAUUGACCGUGUCAGGAAAACGUACAGUGAAAUCCAUUCGAAGCAGUGCGUCGAAAGUGUGAUAAACAAGGUUGAAUACUGGACCAAGUUUGACCGCAUGGAAAUGACCAUCUUGGAGGCCGUAGAGGCACUUAAUGCCCUUGUGGAUGAAAGUGACCCUGAUUUUGGGCUUCCAAAUGCUAUCCAUGCCUUCCAAACAGCUGAGCGUAUCCGCCAGGCACAUCCGGAUCUUGACUGGUUUCAUCUAACAGGAUUAAUACAUGAUCUUGGCAAGGUGAUGGCCCUUUGGGGAGAACCACAGUGUUUUGUUGUCGGUGACACCUUCCCAGUUGGCUGUGCAUUCAGUGAUAAAAUAGUGUUUGGUCGGAAGAGCUUUGAAAACAACCCUGAUAUCAACAAUCCUCUAUACAACACCAAGUUGGGCAUGUAUGCAGAAAACUGUGGCUUAGACAAAGUGAUAAUGUCGUGGGGACAUGAUGAAUACAUGUACCGUGUCCUGUUGAACCAUGAGAAGUGUUCUCUGCCACAGGAGGCCUUGUACAUGGUGCGGUUCCACUCUUUCUACCCCUGGCACACAGGCAAGGACUAUAACUACCUGUGUAAUGAGCAGGACAUGAAGAUGACCCCAUGGAUUACAGAGUUCAAUAAAUUUGACUUGUAUUCCAAGAGUGAAGUCACCCCAGACGUCGAAUCCUUGAUCCCAUACUACCAGUCCCUCAUUGAAAAGUAUGUUCCAGGGAAGUUGAAAUGGUAGUGGUUCCACCGGUGAGAAGAAAAGCA